CCUCGAUGGGCGGCUGUCAUCGCUGUCAUUCAGUGGUCGCCGUAGUCACCUUCAUCAAAUUAUGAAUUUGCUGCCCAACCUAUUUCCUGGAUAAAAAUACCCGGCCCGCACCUCUUUAAAGAAGCCGGAUUGAUUUCCCGCCGUGCUAAAUCUAUGCAACCAUAGAUGCAGUGGUGUGCCGCGUACGGAAGACAGCCUACACCCACUUUCCGGGGCGAACCGUGUGCUGCUGAAAUGUCAACAAUUCGCGUUAUCGGUGAUUUCGGGGUGUUUUCGGGACAGUCGCGGACUCUAUAUUCGUGGUGUUAGGGGGCCCCACGGAAGGGACCGUCGCGCGAGACUCCAAGAUGACCGAGGAGGAGGUGCUGUUCGACGACGUCUACGAUUUGUGCGAGGAAAUUGGCAGGGGACCAUUUAGUAUAGUGAGGAGAUGUAUUCACAGGCAGACGGGCCAGCAGUUUGCUGCAAAAAUUGUGGAUGUUGCCAAAUUCACAUCCAGUCCUGGACUAAGUACAGAAGAUUUGAAAAGGGAGGCAACAAUAUGUCAUAUGCUGAAACAUCCCCACAUAGUAGAGUUACUAGAAACAUACUCAUCCGAAGGGAUGUUGUACAUGGUCUUCGAAUUUAUGGAUGGUUCGGACUUGUGCUAUGAGAUCGUGAGAAGAGCUUCAGCUGGAUUUGUGUACAGUGAAGCAGUGGCCAGGUAA